AUGGAUCCCUCCUCGAUGUUUGAGCCGAAUCUUCCCCUCCCUUCACCCUCCCCUUUCCCCUCAUGUGACUAUAGUGAAUGGUCUCCAACCUGGGUGCUCAUUCCAAGUGUGUACCUCUUGGUGUUUAUCGUGGGCUCACUAGGUAAUGGCUGUGUGCUGUUGGUAUACCUGGACUGCCGAACAAGUGGACGCGGAAGGAUUGGGAGCUGUUCCAAACUUACCCAGACCCCUGAUGACCAAAACUCCAGGGCCUCGCCCACAUCCCGUUCAGUGACAGAGUCUUUAAUAGCCAGUCUAGCAUUAGCUGACCUGGCUUUUGUUAUGACCCUACCAUUAUGGGCAGCAUACACGGCGCUGGGCUACCACUGGCCGUUCGGCCAUGUUCUGUGCCAGGUGAGCAGUUACAUAGUGGCUCUGAACAUGUAUGCCAGUGUGUUUUCUCUGACUGGGCUCAGCGUGGAGCGAUACUGUGUCAUCACGCGGCGCUGUGGGAACAGCUCACGACCGGGUGGAUCGACCACUCGUGCCAAGUUGAUUGUGGGUUGCGUUUGGGUGGCAGCAGGAAUCCUGGCACUUCCUGCACUGCUUCUGCGGACCGUCAGGGAGGUGGAUUUGGAAGCGGGACUCGAAGGUGACUUGCAGGAUGGACGUGUCUCCUCGUGCUUGUGUGAUAUGGAUUACUCCAGUUUGAUCUCUAACGAGCUGGACCCGGAGGCUUCAGAGCAGGCAGAGCUGAUGUGGUCAGCAGCUUUGGGGUUAAAGUCAACUGUGCUUGGUUUCCUGCUGCCUCUGGUAGUGCUUCUGCUAUGCUACGGCUUGCUGGGCCGACUCCUUUUGCAACACUUUAGUCACGGUCCACGGCCCGAUCACGCACGUCAACGUAGGCUUCUCCGUAUCAUCGUCACCCUUGUAUUGACCUUCUUCUUCUGCUGGCUACCCUUCCAUACAAACAAGACACUGUCAGCUUUGGUGGAACUGGACAUCCUUCCCUUUUCUUGUAGCUUUGAUCAGUGGUUGGUGGCAGUCCACCCAUAUGCCAUCUGUCUGGGAUACGUAAACAGCUGUCUGAACCCUCUGCUGUACGCUUGCUGUGACCCAGCGUUCCGUAGACACUGCAGGGGACUGCUAGUGUGUGCAUUGACCAGAUGCAAAGGAGCACAGGAACCGGAUGUGAGAGAACAAUGCAACAAGAGUUCCACAGAACCGUCAGGAACACAUGAAAUGACAAUCACCAAAGACGAACAGUGA